AUGACUGCUGUCAUUCAGCACCCCAAGUUGGGAUGCAUCAGAGGGAGAGACGACGGUGAUGUUGUGCAGUGUCUGGGACUCAAGUAUGCCACUCUAAGCGACCGGUUUGCAACAGCAGUCCUCUUUGACGAGAAGGCGGCGGGAGAGAUCCAGGCCACCGAACCCGGCCCGGGCGUUAUUUCUCUGCCGGAAGGUUGUGUCUUGGAACAGGGUCUCAUUCAACAAUCUCUGCCAGUGAACGACUUGUCGUUUUCCGAGCUCCACGGCCUUAACCUGAACAUUACAAUUCCCAAAGGAAGCAGAACGAACUUGCCGGUAUUCGCUUUUAUUCAUGGCGGUGGGUUUGGUAUGGGUUCAAAUGCCUGGCCUCAAUACGACCUUAAGAACAUUGUACGCCUUUCUCUGAAGAAUGGAACGCCCGUGCUGGGCAUAAAUAUCAACUAUCGUCUAGGUGUUCUUGGGUAUCUGACUUCUCAGGAGCUCCGGGAAGCCGGAUAUGAAAGCAACAACGGAAUCCGAGAUCAGCGCAUUGCCUUCGAGUGGAUUCGAACACAUGCGCCUGGGUUCGGAGGAGACCCGGGCAAUGUCACCGUUGUUGGCGAGAGUGCAGGUGCCAUAUCGUGUAGCUUGCAUCUCCAAUCCCACGAGGAGCUCUUUCAAAGAGCGAUGAUCAUGUCCGGAACAUUCUUUCUUUUCAAACCCCUUCCACUCCCUGUAGCGGAGGUUGCAUAUCAGUCAACACUAAAGGCUUUAGGUCUGGACCAAUUGGCUCCACCAGAGCGCUUAAAAGCUUUGCUCCAAGUUCCCACGGAACAGCUAUACGCCAGCAUCCAGCCUGAAAUACCACUUUUUCCAGUGGCCGAUGGACACUUGGUGCAUCGUGUACCGACAUUUGGCCAGAUUGCCACGCAGGACUCGAGCUUCCUGCCUGGGAAGUUUUGGACCCAGGGUAUCAUGAUUGGUGAUUGCCAAUUUGAUGCCAGCAUAUUCGCGAUCUUGCUCGGACCACGACGGAAAGGAAUCGCAGAGGCUUUCGAAACGUCGAUUCAAACCAGUCUCCAAGAUCACCAGGGACUAGCUGAUGCCAUACUCAACAGUUAUGGCAUUCGGACAGCUCGAUCUGACGAGGAAGCCAUGUCCGGCAUUCUCAAGUUUAUUAACGAUAUUGCAUUCGACGCACCACUGAAGGCAUUUUGUGAGGGUUGGCCUGAAGGGAAAGCAUUUGUAUACUGUUUCAAUGUCGGUAAUCCCUGGGAAGGUCCUGGGAAAGGUCAAGCCACCCACAUACUGGACAUUGCGUUCUUAUUUCAAAACUACAAUGACUUUUUGACGACAGAGCAGAAGGCGGUGGCAGAGCAGUUUGGAAGCCACUUCAUCUCAUUCAUCUGUGGUGAAGCCCCGUUCCCAUCUCACGUACCUGGGAAAGGUGGGGCAAUGGUAUAUGGCAGUCCUAGUGAAGCAACAGAAUUUGUUCUGAGUGAUCGCCCUGAGGAUGUUGGCAGACGGAGCAUCAUCUCCUCCAUCGCGACUGAAUACGGAAUGCCUGAUACAGCGCUCGAUGCCAUGUCGGCGGCGUUGGAUAGAUUCGUGGCUGGAUAUUGA